AUGAAUUUUCUUUCUAUUAAUCUUAGGGGUGUACGGGACUCCCGUAAAAGCGAUUGGGUUAGGGGUUUGAAGACGUCUUACGGUAUACACUUCUUAGCAAUUCAGGAAACAAAAGUGGAUGACUCCGUGAAAUUCGUAUUUAAUUGUUUUUGGGGGCGAUCAGCUUAUAAAUUGGAGAUGGUGAAUGCAGAAGGGCGGUCAGGGGGUCUGGCUUGCCUUUGGAAUCCGGCUGUGUUUUCAUGUGACAACGUGGUUAAGGAUAGAUUCUUCCUAAUUCUAUCAGGUUUUUUAUGUCAAUCUGGUACUCGGUUGAAUUUAGUAAAUGUGUAUGCGUCAAACGAUCCUAGUGUUCGUAGAAGGAUCUGGUUAAGUCUUGGGGAAAUUAAAAAUUCCAUGCAAGGUCUGUGGGUAUUCAUGGGAGAUUUCAAUGAAGUUCGAGAUGAAUCGGAAAGGUUUAAUUCGGAAUUUGUAGCUGCAAAUGCGGAGGCGUUCAACCACUUUAUUUUGUCUGCAGGCCUAUGUGAAUACAAUAUGGGGGGUGGUAAGUUUACCUAUAUAUCGGAUCGCGGAGAUAAGCUGAGUAAAUUGGACCGUUAUCUAGUUUGUAUUGGUUUUAUGGAAAGAUGGCCAACAGCGACAGUUCAGGUUCUUAAAAGAGAGGCAUCAGAUCAUCGACCAAUUCUACUUUCUACAACACCGUCGGAUUUCGGGCAUAUACCGUUUAGAUGCUUUAAUUCUUGGCUGGAACUCCCGGGCUUUAUAGAGCUGAUUCAGCAAAUAUGCCAGAACUUCAACUUCAAUGGUCCGGCAGAUGUGGCAUUGUCUGUUAAGUUAAGAUGGCUUAAAAAUAAGAUCAAGGAUUGGCUUAAAGGGGAGCGCGAGCGAGUUAAUGGAGUGUACUUGGAAAAAAAGCAUAGGAUUCAAUAUCUAGAAGGCCUCGCUGAAGAUAGAGUCUUGGGUGAUGAAGAAUUAAACGAGAGAGCAGAUUGUAUAAAUAUCGUGUUGGAGUUGGACCGCCGGAAGCAAAUGGAUGCAAGACAGAAAUCUCGUGCUAGGUGGGCUAUUGAAGGCGAUGAAAAUUCAGCCUAUUACCAUAACAUUAUUAAUUUGAAUCUCAGUAAUAACCGGAUAAAUGGGCUCGUCAUUGAAGGGGUUUGGGUGACUAACCCGGUAGAGAUCAAAGAACAUUUUUUCGAGUUCUUUUCCAAACAGUUUGUGGAACCUAUGCCCUCUAGACCCUGUAUAUCGUGCCAUAACCUGGUUACUCUUACGGAGACAGAAGCCGAAGCCCUGGUUGUACCUUUCUCUAGUUUGGAAAUCAAGAGAGCUAUUUGGGAUUGCGUGGGGGAUCGUGCUCCGGGCCCGGACGGCUUUAAUUUCAAGUUCAUCAAGAGGAAUUGGAGCCUUUUCCAAGAAGAUUUUACCAAGAUUUUUCAGGAAUUUUUUUACCAAAGGGUCGAUCAGCCGAUGCUGUACGUCCUCCUUUUUGGCGUUAAUUCCAAAAGUCAACGACCCAUCUUCCCCAUCAGAUUUUCGGCCUAUCAGUUUGAUCGGCGUCAUCAACAAAGCUAUCUCAAAAGUGUUGGUUAA